GACCAAUCAUAUUCACUGCUUUGAGAUGGAUGUCGAGAAUAACGAUGGACGCGACCGCAUCGGGCCCCUGUUUCGAGAUCGUCAUGUAAUGAUCACCGGUGGAACUGGAUUUAUGGGAAAAGUUAUGAUAGAAAAACUGCUAAGAUGCACCGAAGUAGCCAAAAUAUAUUUACUAGUCCGACCAAAGAAGGGUAAAUUACCAAAGCAACGCUUAGAAGAAAUGUUCGCCAAUCCGAUCUUUGCAUCGGUGAUUAAGCUCCGUGGUCUCGACACAUUGAUUUCCCAAUGCGUGCUGAUAGGCGGUGAUGUCAUGGAACCGGAUUUGGCCAUCUCGGAAGCGGACCGGCAGCUGAUAAUAGACAACGUGUCGAUUAUCUACCAUUGUGCCGCGACGAUCCGCUUCGACGAAGCACUCAAGAAAGCGGUUCUCCUCAACACCCGUGGAACGAAACUGAUGGUCGAACUGGCGAAGCAAUGUAAAAAGCUAGAGAUGUUCGGUUAUGUUUCCACCUCCUACUGCCACCUGAACGAGAAACUGCUGAUGGAAAAGCCCUACUCUCCACCGGCAGAUCCACAUAAGGUGAUCAAAGCUAUCGAAUGGCUCGAGGAUGAGGUGGUCGAUGGAAUGACCCGAAAAAUUCUCGGAGAAUGCCCUAAUACCUAUGCCUACACCAAAGCCCUUGCCGAGGCCCUCGUGGUCGAAUCGAUGAAGGACAUCCCAGCGGUUAUCUUCCGACCGUCGAUAGUGGUACCCACCUGGAGGGAACCGCUGCCCGGUUGGACGGACAACAUCAACGGACCGGUCGGCUUGCUGAUCGGUGCCGGCAAGGGCGUCAUCCGGUCGAUGUACUGCAACUCCACUGGCUACGGGGACUACCUACCGGUUGACUUUGGCGUGAGCGCAAUUCUCGUAUGCACGUGGAAUUACGUCGGUAGAAAGGAUUAUACACGAAACAUUUAUCAUUUAGUGAGCUCAGCCGAGAUGAAGGUAUCGUGGGAAGGCAUCAUAGAGAUUGGCAAAUCUAUUACGGCCAAAAAGGUACCGCUGAAUGGCGUCUUCUGGUACCCGGGAGGAACGAUGAAAAAAUACCGAUGGCAGCACAAUCUGUCCGCAUUUCUGUUCCACUGGAUUCCGGCGGUGCUAAUCGACUGCCUGCUGUACGUGCUCGGAUACAAACCGGUACUUUGCCGUGUACAUCGGCGGAUCGCCAAGGGAUUUGAAGUUUUUGAAUACUACGCCAACAAUCAGUGGGACUUUGACAAUUCCAACAUAUUGUUCCUGAGGACGAAAAUCAACGAAGAGGAAAAAGUGAAAUUCAAAAUUGAUGCCGGAGGUGUUGUUAUCGAGGAUUAUUUCGAGGACUGCAUCUGGGGUGCGAGGAGAUUUAUUCUAAAGGAAACAGACGACACGUUACCUGCCGCAAGAAGGCACAUGAAAAUCAUGUGGUGUGUGGACAAAAUUUGCAAAACCCUGAUAGUUGGUGCCUUUUUGUAUUACGUCGGAAUGUGGAUCUACAACUGCAUCUUUCAAUGA